CUCUACUUUUUUCUUCUUUUCUUACUUUUUUAUCUAUUUAUUUAAGACACUCAACAUUCCUUUAAAAAAUUUCGUGCUGAAAAGUUUCGCCUCAACUAUGAGGGAACGGAAGGGGUAAAAGAAUGCGUGACUUGUAGAAGCAAGUAUAUAAUUUACCUUUUGUGCGUUAUUCUUUACUUGCGUUGCAUGCCUUAUAACCUAAACUUUUGCAUCAUUUUAAUAAACAUUCAAUGCCUAUAAAGCGGAGUAUUAUCUUUUCCAGUGUGAUUGGUGAUAAAAAGAGGAAAAAAAAUUGUUAAGAGAGAGAGAAAAAAAAAAUGGAGGAUGAGAGUUUUCUUAAUAUCUAUCAUGAACACCCGCUGAGUCUGAUCUCCAACUCAGCCCAGAACCAUGAUCAUAUGUACUACCCUCGGUGUUUUGGUUGUUGGAGAAACUUUUUACCCGAAGAUGCAAUUUAUGGAUGCAACCGCCACUUGUGUAGAUUCGAGUUGUUGCUACACAAAGAAUGCAUGGAAAUGCCGAGAGAGAUUAUGCAUCCUGUCCAUCCUUCACACUCGCUCACAUUGUAUCUUUCUUUUAUGCACAUAAAAUGUGCUAUUUGUAAAAGGAAUAGUGUUUGGGGGCUUAGCUACAAAUGUAGCCAAGGGAGUUGUGAUGGAUUCGAGAUCCAUUUGGGAUGCGCGGUGGGCCUUAACGAUAAGGAUCCAGCGCAGCCAGUAUUGAACCACCCAAGCCAUCCUCAACAUGAGCUACGAUUUUCCAAGAAAACGAGGUGGUGCCCAUUCCCAUGCGAUGCCUGCGGUGCCACUGAGAAAGGGGACUCCUACACCUGCAACAUAUGCGACUACUGGAUACACGAGAGCUGCGCACUCCUCCCUGCGUCUAAGGAGUUCCCUCAUCAUCACCCUGCGCACCCUCUCUCCCUCGCCUUUGGUGUUCCAACUGUGUACAUCGAAUAUGAAUUUGAGUGUGCUGUAUGCAACAAAACCUUGCUAUUGAGACGUUGGGUCUAUCAUUGCAACCUCUGCAGUUAUGUCGUCCAUAUCAACUGCGCCAACUCCAUGUUUGAUGAUGAAAAUGCAAAUGCAAUUGAUGAUGAGAAAGAGGUAUCAACCAUUUUCCCAAUAACAGUAGAGGACAUGUAUGAGGAGAUGAUCGUACCUUUCGUUAAGCGAGAAAGUGGACAAAUUCUUGUCCCUAGUGAUCAUAACAAUCACAACAUUGGUGGCAAGUAUAAAUUCUCCAAUCACCCUCAUCUACUAACUUUUGUUACAUUUUUGUCGUCGUCAUCAUCAUCGUCAUCUCAUCAUCACUACAAAAAAGAGGAUGAAGAAGAAGAAGAAGAAGAAGAAGAAGAAGAAGAUGAUGAUGAAGAUUUCGAUAGUAUUCCAAGUUCGGAAUUAAUAUGUGAUGGGUGCACAUUGGCUAUACAUGAAAAGAAGCAAACGGAUGAUGGUGAUGGGUAUGAGAGUGGUUACAUGAGUUGUGAUGAAUGCAAAUACUUUCUCCACUUGUCCUGCUUCAACCUACCACUUGAGAUCCUCAAUCAUCCAACACACCCUCUCAAUGAUCACAAACUAAUGCUUCGAAAUGUUGGUAAGCUCACAGAUUGGAUAUCAUGUAGAAUUUGUCGUGCUUAUACAAAUGGGCUCUAUUAUGCUUGUACCUACAAAGACUGCAGGUUCCAAAUAGACAUCAAGUGUGCUUCUCAGCCCAACACCAUAAAACAUGCAGCUCACCCACGGCAUAAUCAUCUCAAGCUACAGCUAGUCACAACAGUUAAUAUCUGGCCUACUUUAUGCGCGGGCUGUUUUGAGCCUGGAUGGGAUGCAGUAAAAUACAAAUGCAGUAGCUGUAGGUUCAGUUUGUGUGGCAGGUGUGUGAUGUUACCAGCAAGAAAUAAGCAUAGAUCGGAGAAGCACUUGUUGUCGUUGACAUAUGAUGCCUAUGUUAACCGUCCUGGUGAGUUCUACUGCAGCAGUUGCGAAUAUCAAAUGAUCAAUCCCAGGAUCUGGAUGUAUCAUUGCCGAGACUGCGAUCAAUCCUUUCAUCCCAAAUGCUUUCCUGCUACGUCGGGUCAGUACAGAAACAUCAAAUUUGGAACCCAGCAGUAUGUGAUUUCUAGUAUUCAUGACCCUCGCCACCGUCUUAGUUUUCAAAUCAUAACUAAGAAGAAGAGAUGUGACCUGUGCCAUGGUGUUUGUUACGCUAACUUUGAUAGGUAUAACAGAAGAAUAAUUCAUUUUUUACAUGGAUUGUUUGAUGGGGUUGGAUUUCAAUGUGAGUCAUGCUUCUUUGUCGCAUGUAAGCCAUGUGGUGUGAAACACAUUGAGGAUGCCCGUGCCAUCUGAUUCAAAUCGAAUCAAACUUCUUUUUUUUAAUUGUUUGUGUGCCAUUUAGAUUGUUGUAUUUAUGUUAUGUAUCUUAUGUACUUAUGUAGUCCAUAAUAUUAUAUUUAUGUUAUGUAUCUUA